AAUUAUUUUAUUUUUAUUUUAUUUAUCUUGUCUUUAUUUUGUCAAUACAUAAAAAUGCAUUUCUAUAUAUUGUAUGUUUAUUAAAUACUGUUAAAUGAUUAAGCUGAAGUUCCCAGCACGGCCAGCAGAGGGCGCACAGCUCAGACCGUACCAUAUAGCCCUGCGGCGGGGGUCCGACGGACCGAACCAAACUGACGGUUUGUAUUACUGAGUUAAAUAUGAGACCAGAGAGGGACAAAGUCACUAUUAAAAGAGCGCAUGCGUCGUCUUUAAAUUUAACAGAUCCUCUAAAAUAUUUAAUAUUUUCUAAAUAUUCAGAAUUUUUAGCCUUCAUGUAAAACUGAAAAAAGGCAGAGAAGGGAAUAAAACAUUUAAAAAAAGCAAAGAAAGAUUGAACGUGAGCUUGGCUUUGCUGCCACCUGCUGGUGAAAAGAGCACCUUGCAGGUGGCUAAAAUGCCGCGAGCUUUCUUCUUUUUCUCUCUUCCUCUUUUUUUACGCAUUUAUUAUUUUCUGUAAAUGGUAUUAAGUGUAAGAAAAAAAUGUAAUCUUUAGUUGAUUAUAUAUUUUGCAUUUAAUCAUCGUUAAAACGAAGGUAAAUUACAUUUUCCGCGCGGAGUUUUAGGUCGGAAGCAGCUGAUUUCUUUGGUGCUUUUGUGCUGUUUUUCAAAAUAAAACGAUUUAAGAGCACCAGUCUAACAAGUCGGAGAGAGUGACGAUUCUUCUGAACUAUUUACACUUUUUUAAACUGAUUUUUAAUGUCAUUGUCUGGACAUGCGCACUGACGUCCGCGACAGAAAGAAAACGUUUUUUUUUUUUAUUAUUAUUGUAAAAUAAAAGUAUUGAGGAGAAUAAACAUUUAAAUGUUCUGUCUCCUCUCUUAAUUUUACAAAAGAAAUAAAAGAUGUGAAGUUAAAGAGAAUUCUUCUGUUUACCUGUCAGGUUUAGAUGAGCAGGUGAGUCAUUUAGAUUUACCUGAGUAAACAGUCAAAUUAUUUCAAUUAAAGGUGUGAAGAAGACGCUCAGAGUUUCAUCACAAGAACUGAAGAUGUUUUCAUGUUUCACUCAAAGACAGAAUUGAUCCUCCAGAUGAAGGACAAGAACCUCCAGUUUCUGAAGAAAAGGAGGUUUGGUAAAUGACGCACGCGCCCCCUGAAGCCACGAGCAUGAGCUCAUCUCAGGUAAAAGAGCGCGAGGCUGCAGUUCAGGUCAGAACGGAACAGCAUCUCCCACCUGAGGUCCGCACGCGCCCAGCAGUGAUGUCAUCCACCUACCUGUACCUGUACCUGCUCCUGCUGCUGCCCCCCCUGAGCUCGCCUCAGAGCUUCCACUGGGGCUCCUGCCACUCGCCGCAGGUCCAGGAGGACUUCAGACUUGACCAGUACCUGGGCAGGUGGUACCUGAUCCAGAAGAUGCCCGCCUUCUUCGCACCGGGAAAGUGCAUCAGCGCCAACUACAGCCUGAGCGAGGAGGGCGGCCUGCAGGUGCUGACGUCCCAGUCGUACUGGGACAGGAAGUGGGUUGUGGAGGGAGAAGCUGUGAUUCUGGACAGAAACCAGCCGGCCAAACUCUCGCUGAACUUCUUCUACAUCGCCCCCCUCAGCCCCACCUGGGUUCUGUCCACCGACUACGACAGCUACUCGGUGGUGUACUCCUGCACCGACGUGCUGGGCGUCUUCCACCUGGACUACGGCUGGAUCCUGUCGCGCUCGGCCUCGCUGCCUCCGGACGUCCUGCAUCGCGGCGAGGAGCUGCUGCGCCACCUGGGGGUCGACGCCUCCAAGAUGCAGGAGGUGGAGCAGGACUGUGAGGAGGAGGGGAGCAUCACCUUCAGCCAAUCAGGGCUCUCCAUGACUUAGGGAUUUGAAGGAUCAAAACCUUCCGCUGUUUGAAAGCAGAUUUCUUAUUUUUUUAUUGUUUUUAUUUUCAUCUGUAGCGAUAAACUUAAAGCAUCGUCUGUUUUCACUUUAGUGACAUAUUUUAUUUCUGACUCUAAUUUUACUCAUAACGGUUUAAAUUCUUCUUUUCAUGUUGUUAUUUUGGAAUAAAUUCUCAUCUUCACAAAAAGGAA